AUGGAGCUCAAUGUUCCCUCCAAGCUGGCCGGCGGCCGCUUCGAGGUCGCAGAGCAGCUCGGCGCGGGGUGCUUCGGGGCCGUGUACGUUGGCAAGGACAAGAGGACUGGGAGGUCGGUGGCCAUCAAGUUCGAGUUUCCAGAGAAUGCCGCAGCGUGCGCUCUCGCGAACGAGGACCGCAUGAUGCGGGCCCUGCAGAACCCCGAGCUGCAGCAGGGCUUCGCGGAGGUCUUCUGGUACGGCAAGUCGCGCGGGAAUGCCUCCCUCGUGAUGGAGCUCCUCGGGAGGUCCCUCGAGGACUCGAUGGAGGCGUGCAAGGGCCAGAUGAAGCCGAGCUCGGUCGUCUUAGUGGCGGCGCAGGCCAUCAUGCGGAUAGAGUACCUGCACUCCCGGGGCAUCGUGCACAGAGACAUUAAGCCAGAGAAUUUUAUGUGGGGCAUAAAUGACAAGAUACACCACCUGUACCUGAUCGACUUCGGGAUGUGCACCACGUAUUACGACAAGAGCCACUUGCCGGUGCGAAGUGAGGCGUCGCUGGUCGGAACGGCCCGGUACGCCUCCAUCAACACCCACCAGCUCAAGACGCAGAGCCGGCGAGACGACCUGGAGGCGAUCGGCCACGUGUUUUUCUACCUCCUGCGCGGCAAGCUCCCGUGGUCGGGCUUAAAGGCCAAGACCGACGAGGAGAAGUACCGGAAGAUCGGAGAAGUGAAGCAGACCACCCCGGUGGCCGACCUCUGCAAGGGCCACCCGCAAGAGUUCGCGAGGUACCUGGAGUACUCCCGCGCCCUGAAGUGGGAGGAGAGACCCGACUACGAGCGGCUGCACCAGCUCAUUCGCAGCGUCCGUGAGCAGCUGGGGCCUCUGGACCCCCAUGAGCUGGAGUGGCUGCCCGAGGAUCUUGAUGUCGGGGCGUUCACGGCCAUCAGGACAUGGAACGAGGUGGUCAUUAAGCAGCCGGACGACGUGAACACUGAUAACUUCAGUGGGAACAGAAGUGGGAUGUCGAGGUGCGGCACCAGUGACGAGUGCAUGGGCCAUGUCGCAAAGACCCUGUCAAGCUCCAAGACUGGAACGUUCAGCACGUCCAGUUGUCGCAGCGUGUCCGCGGGGAUGCGCCCCCAGCAGCUGUUGGGCUCCGAGGGUGUCUGCCCUGUAAUGAAGCGCAGGGCUGCUCCCCUGCCCCUCGCAGAGCCCGGCAUGGCCGGUGGCCUGCUCGUGGUCCUGGCCCUCGGCCACGCGGCGGUCGCUGCGGGCACGCGGCUCGCCAGGAACGCAUCCACGGCGGCGGCGCUGCGCGGCCACCCCGGCGGGCCCGUCGCGGACCUCCCGCGAGGCGCCGGCCGCAGGACCGCCGCGGCGAACGACACCCUCGGCGGCCUGCGGCCCCCCGCCGUGCACCUCGCGGCGCGGCUCGGCCAGGAGAGGAAGGCUGGCGCGCCCUGCGCCUGCGAGCCCCACAGCAGCAGCUGGGUGAGGUGCCAGAGGACGGUGCCGAAGUGCGUCUGGAUCGACCUCGGUGCGGCGGACGGGAACACGCUGAAGGCGUUCCUGAACAACCAGUACGGGCCCGUGGGCAACUGCCCCAGCGCCGCGUGGGAAGCGAUGCUGGUGGAGGCGAACCCGCGCUUCAACGCGCCCCUGCAGGAGAUGGCUUCCCGCUGGCCCGGCAUGGUGCACCUCUUCGAGUCCACGGCGGCGUACAUGUGCCCCGCGCAGACCUCCUUCUAUCAGGUGCGGGGCCGCGGGCCUCGAUACGGUCACGAGUGACCACAACUAUUGGGGUUCCAGCCUGUCGGCGAACGCGGUCGACGUGAGGAACAGCGGCCUGCAAAAGGUCACCGUGCCCAUGGUCAAUCUCAUGCAGGUCCUCUACGAGAACACGAUCCCGGCGGACUGGGUGAUGGUCAAGAUGGACAUCGAGGGGGCGGAGUGGGACAUCCUCCCGUGCCUCGCUCUGUCGCCCACUGCGCCGCUCGUUGACAGGCUCUACGUCGAGUUCCACAACCAGUCCAUGGGCUUGGUCGGCACCGAUCAGGCGACCAUGGACGCCGCGCAGCAGAUGCUGAGGCUGCGCGGCGUGGACAUCCCGAGCUACUUCUCGAACACGCUGUGAGGCCGCCUCGGCCCUCGAGCGCGUGUGACGCCCCGCGCUGUGGGGCACUGUGUCUUCGAUGAGCUGGCAGAGGAGAGGCUGCGGUGAGGGGGCGCGGGGAGCGCUGCCAGUGGGUCGCGGAGAGUUCGUGAGCGUCCGCUGCCAGAGGUCUUCCGGCGCGGCCCUCCGCUGUGGAGGCGCAGCAGCGAGAGCCGCAGGCAGGG